CGCCAAACUGCUGGAUUUGAUUUUCUUCUUGUCGCGGCAAGGAGCCAUCCAGCCACAAGCAACGAACGGGCUCCAUAGAGGGAGACGAAGUGCAGACGAGACCAGACCGUCAAACCCUAGGCUCUGAUCCGCACCUGGAUGGAGCAAUUGGGGAUCGGAGUGGUUUCUCCUUCUCAUUGGAGAGAGGGUUUCUACAAUCGCAACCUCUCGUGUCGACACAACACUUGUGAUGGGGCUCGCCCGCUGUCUCAGCCGUGGUCCUCGUGUGUCUCGAACCAUGGAGCCAUGACCUUCUUCUCCUCCACAAUGUCCGCAUUACUGGACUGUACUGUAGAUCAUGUGCCCCACCACGCCUCCUCCCUCGACCUUCAAAUGCACUGUUCUGCUCUUUUCCCCAUUUCAUUGUUGGCUCACUCACUUUGCUUCCUACGGAGGCGAUGCAGCAUGUGAGAAUCUCCUCAUCCGAUCCAGCUCUUCCAUUGUAAAAGAUAUCAUCAGCCAACCAACUUUGCUUGAUUGAAGUCGAUGCCUGAGGCCUUUUGCCCUUCACAUUCCUUCUGCUGGUCAUCCACUUCCUUGCCAAUGAUUUCUCACUCGCUUGAUCUCCUUGUGCUCCUCGUCGCCAUCAAUCAAUCAAUCAAUCAUACAUUCAUUCAGUCUUCAGCAACAUUCUGAGGCUCUCCCCAUGGUUUUCAAAGCUGACCUGGCACGAGCUCCGUGCAGUUCCUCGUCCUUUUUCCGUCAGUGGUUUUCAAAAUCAGAAUCAUCGUCAUCAUCCUCAUCCUGAGAGGCGCAUGUGGAUCGGGAACAUCCUCGUCUAUCUUUUCUCCUUCCUGAAGACGUCCUUCGUCUUUCCGAGCCUGGAAAAUCAAGGAAGGAGGGAAAACAACUACUUUGCGAAUUCACUCGAGCAUGUAAACUCUCGUUUCUCCCUACAACCCGCAAGCUGAGAAUUUCAGAUUGGAGUGGUUAUAACUUUCGAAAUGAUUAGAGGGCUGGAUAAUUUGCAUCACCUCUGGACAAAGAGAGAUGGGGCAACCUUCCAGGCGUGGAGAAGGUCGUAGCAUGAAGUGCAAGAAUAAAAGUCUGAAGAGAUGGCCGAUAGAAGCCGUGGGGAUCCAGAUGCUAUGUAAGAGCUGGGAAACAAGAUGCAGAUUCAGCUCGAGCUCAUCGUGGUGGUCAAGGACUAAUUGCGGGCAGUCGAGGCAGUCGAGAAAGGCUCAUCGGGACCCACGCAGGUCAAGAUUCAGAUUUCGUGGGGUUGAGGGAAGAGAUCCAUCUCUGAUCUUACUCAAGAGUCGAAGACUGACGAUAUAUGACGAGCUGAUAGAGGUUGUCGAGAAUAGGCACCACGACCUUGUGGAUGAAUUCAGUAAAGUGUAAGGAAAGGUGCUGCCUGUUGUCUGGAGGACAAAGCUCGAAGCUUGGCGCUUCUGAAUUGCAAAUUCGAGGAUUUGACAACGGCGGAUUCAAUCGAGCAAGCAGGAUUUGCAAGCAGGAGUCUUCUGUUCAUGAAGCUGAAAGGCGUUGCCAAGAUACUGUCCCUUGUCGUCCAACAACUGCAAGAUGAAAUUGCGGUUUUAAACUCUGAGCACUUUGCAAAAAAUGAAGACUUGUGGAGGAAGGAGCCUGGUGAUAAUUAGCAGUGGAGUGGCCAAAGGGGCACUCUCGUUUUCUGGACGUUCCCUGAUCUAUAUCCUUCUAAUUAAGGUCUAUAACAGGAACAUGUCUUUGGUGUUGUUCAAAUUGCCCGUCUAGUGACAGAAGCAAUCUUCCAGGUAGUGGUGGUGGUCUUUUGUUACUAAAGCUUGCUUGAGAAGUGUUGGCUGUCAAGACGAUAUUAUUGGCUUCACAAUGAAUUGAAUCCAUUUUGAGUGCAAUUUGAGUUUGGUGUGCACUUCAACAUGUUGUAGAACAUAGUCCAGAUUUGACAAGCAGGUAACUGGCAAGUGUUGAUGAGAGAUGUCAGUGUACAAACAAACUUUGUAUAUCGACAGUGUUAACGAAGAAUCAAGGCAUAUAGCAA